UACGAUGUCCGUACCACCCAUCAACAAUCAUAAAGUAUUUCUCCGUGGAGAUGACUUUCGCUGAUGCAACCGCUCAUUGCCAGAAGUUCAAUGCACAUAUCGCGUCUAAGGUCUCGUGCGUGCAGGACUAUCUUCGGCCCACUGACAGCGUUGCCUGGUUGGCCCAGAAGAGAGGGGUGUUGCAGACUGCCAGUGACGGGAAAGCAUAUAAUCUAGCAUCUCAACCAGCGCCCAAGCUCACGGUUGUGUGUGAAGUUGAACCGGAGGUCAGCUACACGUGUAAUAAAACUAGAGCUCACAUUGCCGUGUACGCCAAUACCGGAACGUAUACACAAGCGAAAGAACAGUGCGGACGCCUAGGCGGGCGCUUACCGGCUGGAAGUGAUGAGGGCGAUUGCCUGAAUCACGCUCUGCAUGUUGCGACGAGCACAUCGCCUGCUAAAGGAGCCAGGCCCUGGAUAGAAGACUUUGAGGACCAACCACUCAACGUGAUUUCAGCUAGCUACACAUUGCAUGAGAGCAAAAGAGCAGGCCGGACCGCCAAACUAGUGGCCACUGUGGCUUGUGCUUUCAAUUUCAGGGAAUACUUCUGCGAGCAAGCUAAUAAGGCGGGUGGUGUUACAAUGGUCCACUAUCCGUACCAAGCAUUGGACCACCCUUCAAAGACCGACGCGUUUUGCCAGGAGAAGAUAGGUCGCCGUGCCAGCACCCACGAGAUGCGCUGUAUUUUGGAGUUCAGAGAUUUGAUUUACAAAGAGACGGGCCACUUGGAAAAUGGCCUGGAGUACCAGGUGUGCGUUUUCGAUCCGCGUAAGUCGACUUGUCGAUCCACCCCUUCAUCCAUAACUAGUGAAGAUGUGUGUUUGCCGCUGCUUACCUUUUGCUGUUGA